CAAGGCCAGCCCUCUAUCUAGGCAGGCUCACAAACCCUCUACAUGGCUUUCAUUCCAUUCACAGACAGCAGCUAGGACACCAGCAAGGUAAAUAAUGGAGAAAGUGUAAAGAUGUCUGGAGGAAUCUUCUCCCCCUUGGAUAACCUUUUUGACCCGGACAGUGCCAACUGCCACCCCUUGGUGUGCCACUUGUGCCAUGAACAGUAUGAGCAUCCGUGCCUAUUGGAUUGUUAUCACACCUUCUGUGCCAGCUGCCUGCGUGGUAGAGCCGUGGAUAGCCGACUGACGUGCCCCCUCUGUGGACAGCAGUCUAUUGUGAAAGGAGUAAACGCUCUGCCUCCGGAGGAUCGUCUGCUGAAGUUCUUGGUGGACAAUUCUGUGGACUGUGAGGAAACUGUGCAGUGUGCCAACUGUGACUGGGAGUGCAAGAAACAGGAUGUGGAUGCAAUGUAUUAUUGCAACACUUGUAACCAGCCGUUGUGUGGAGACUGCAGGGAAGCCACCCACAAGGCCAAGAUGUUCUCGCGUCAUGAAAUUGUCUCCCUGGCCAAACGCACCAAAGAAGCACAUAAAAAGUGUGCCCUUCAUGAAGAACUAUACAUCAUGUUCUCCACAGAGAAGAAGUCCAUGCUUUGCAUCAACUGUUUCCGAGACAUGCCAGUGGAGAGCAGAGCACACUGCAUUGAUAUUGAGACAGCGUAUAUGCAGGGCUGUGAAAAACUGGACCAAGCCGUCAUAGCUGUGAAGGAGCUCCAGACAUCAGCCCGGGAAGCCAUUGUUCUGCUGAAGGCUAUGAUCGGAGAAGUCCGAGCCAAUGCGGAUGAGGAGGAGACAGCCAUCUGCACUCUUUUUAAUAGUAUGCAGGAAAAACUGGCUGACAGAAAGAGGGUUCUCCUUAAGGCAGCUCAAAGUCAGCAUGAAGAGAAGGAAAGAGCUUUUAAAGAGCAGCUGUCUCACCUUGCUGCACUACUGCCCACUCUCCAGGUUCAUCUAGUGACAUGCUCUGCCUUCCUUAGUUCUGCAAAUAAAUUUGAGUUUUUAGACAUGGGUUAUCAACUGAUGGAGAGGCUGAAGAAGAUUGUGAAGCUGCCUCACAGGCUGAGGCCAGCACAAAGCAGUAAGAUAAACACGGAGUACCGGUCUGAGUUCGCCCGCUGCCUGGAGCCUCUCUUGCUGCUGGGUCAACGUCGAUCAGUGUCCACAGCAGGCAGCGUGUCAGGACUGUGCCUGGCCAAUGGUGGUGGACUGCUGCCCUCAUCACUGUCAGUGGCCUGUCACUCUCCAGUCGCCAGUGACAUGUCCCUAGGUUCCACGGUGGUGCGUAAGCCCACUUCCCACCGCUACAUCAGCACCAAAGUCCUGCUGGCUGAGGGUGGAGAAAGCCCCUUCAUGGAGCACUGCCGCAGCUACGAGAACAGCUACAGGGGUUUGCAGACUGAGAUCCAGACUCUCAAGGAUCAGGUGCAGGAGAUUCACAGGGACUUGACCAAGCAUCAUUCCCUCAUAAAGACGGACACCAUGUGUGAGAUCCUGGACAGGUCUCUGCAGAUGGACAGAGAAAUCUCCUCUGAAUACUCCUCUGUUGAGGUGAUGAGGGCCAUCUUUGAGGAGAUUUGGGAAGAGACAUUUCAGAGGGUGGCAAAUGAGCAAGAAAUUUAUGAAGCACAACUUCAUGACUUACUUCAGUUAAAGCAAGAGAAUUCUUAUCUGACUACCAUUGCUCGGCAAAUAGGUCCUUAUAUCCGUUCAAUAGCAAAGGUUAAAGAACGCUUAGAGCCCAGGCUGAAGGAGCCUAAGGAGCUUAAAGAUGACCGUGCUGAGACAAUGCUGAAAAUUUAUGAGGACAGCACCAUGACGGCUGAUACCCAGCACAGCAAUGAACUGACUUGUGCCCGUGAAGACUAUUGCACUCUACACAGCCUAUCAGAUGACUCGGGUCACAAAAGCAAGGAUCUAUACAGGCUGAGUAAGCAGAAAUGCACAGCCGACAUGGGCCCCUGUUCCUCUGUGAAACCACAGCUCAGCUGA